AUGCAACUUGCAUGUAACAUAUAUAUGCAUCUAAUCCCAUUAAUUUCCUGUUUUUCUAUAUAAACCAUACACAUCAUCCCAUUUCUUCCACUCCAAAACAACAAAACACAAAAACCAAAAAAAAAAUUAUGCCUACUCCCAAAAUCUUGUUCCCAAUUUUGACUUCUCAAAUGAGCCUCAUCACCCUAAUUAUUUUCUUCCUCCUCCUCUCCUCCUCCCAUGCCUCCUCCUCCCCUUCCCGGCCGCCUUUCAAGAGAAUCUACGCCUUCGGCGACUCCUACACCGACACCGGCAACACCAAGACCUCCACCGGCCCCACCGCCUUCAACUACGUCUCGAACCCUCCCUACGGCGUCACCUUCUUCCACCACCCCACCAAUAGAUACUCCGACGGCCGCAUCGUCCUCGACUUCGUGGCCGAAGCCCUAUCCCUGCCCUUCGUGCCGCCCUAUCGCAACCCUAGGGCCGACCGCUCCCACGGCGUCAACUUCGCCGUGGCCGGCGCCACCGCCAUCCGGCACGGCUUCUUCUCGAAGCACAACAUCACAUUCAACCUCGUACCUCAAUCCCUCCAAACCCAACUUGCUUGGUUCGACAAGAUCUUGGAAAGUGAAGGGUGCAAGGAUUCCCAUACUACCCCUAGAGAGUGCGAGGCUGUUCUAGGCGAUGCCUUGAUUUGGGUGGGCGAAAUUGGCGCCAAUGAUUAUACCAGUAGCCUUGGAUCUUCUCUCUCGAGAAAGACUAUUCAAGCUCUUGCCAUAAAUAGCGUUGCUGGCUUCUUACAGGCAAUUAUGAACAAGGGAGCAAAAUACAUAGUCGUGCAAGGGCUUCCAUCAAUCGGCUGCAUAACGUAUUCCUUCUCACUCGCCGCCGGCGACGACGACCGAGACGCGACGGGUUGCGUGGCCACCGUGAACCGCCUCACGUGGGCCCACAACGCCGCCCUCGAGGCCCGGCUGACCGCCCUCCGGAAGCGGAACCCUAAUUCCGUCAUCCUCUACGCCGACUACUACAACGCGCACCUCGAGCUCCUGAGGAACGCCGCCGCGUACGGCUUCAAGGAGCGGUACAAGGCCUGCUGCGGCUACGGCGGCGGCGCCUACAACUUCGACUUCUUCAACGUCUGCGGCACGCCCUCCGCCACCUCCUGCGCCGACCCUUCGAGCUACAUCAACUGGGACGGAGCACACUUCACGGAGGAGGUGUACAAGCUGAUGGCUCGCUCGUUUCUCAACGGCAGCCACUGCAGCCCUCCGUUUCACUACUUGAUCGCGAGGAAAGUUCAGUCGUCGGCUUGAAUUGAACGCCGGCAGCUAGCUGCCAUUGCAUAAGCUUCAUUUCGAUUAGUUUGCUUUUUUAUUUCUGUGAAUUUAUUUUGAUUGUCGUGUUGUUUUUUUUUUUUUUUUUUUUCUGGUUACUGUGUUUUUAGGGUUUUUAUUUAGGUGAAAGGGGCACCUGCAUUAAUUGCUCGUGCGCGGGAAUUACUUUUAUAAUAGUAAUUCUGUUCGUGUCUGGUCCAAUUAUGGAAAUUUUCUUUUAUUAGUGACAACAAUUAAGAGGAAAA